AUGGCAGCAGUCACCCUCUCCGAGCCCUCGUCUCCCGUGCGUCUCGGCACACCGCCUCCCACGACCUUGUCCCGUCACCAGCAUGGCACGGCCACGCCGCCAGCACGCCCCAUCCCUACCGACUUCAAGUCGUCGCUCGCCGCUUGGUGGAGCUCGAACGGCUACCGUGACGCACGCAUGGCAGAGGAGCGUCUCCUCCGUCGCAUGGCCUACUUUCAGCCAACCCCCCCAGCCCCAUCCAAGAGCUGGCUCCCCUGGGCCUCUGUUCCGGAACUAGAGCCCGAAGUCGCCGUGGUCCCCACCAUCACCAGCGCGUCAGGGCUUGUCGCGUCGGUUCGCAACGUCUUCAUCCCCACCCCAGACCCCAACGAUGCCCCCUCGCUCGUUGACAAGGACACCCAGUCGGCCUCCAACUCGGUUUCCAGCGGCGACAAGAAGCACCACCAUAACCACCACAACCACAACCACCACCACCGCGUCCACCACCACAAGGAUGACGGCAAGCUCGUUGAUUACAUCAACACGCUGGAAAUCUCCCGCCCGGACCUCAAGGACUCGAAGGAGGCAGUGGUCGUUCUGCACGGCUACGCCGCUGCGCUCGGUUUCUUCUUCCGCAACUGGGACUCGGUUGCCACAUCGGCUGCCAUGACCGGCCGUCGUGCCUUCUUCCUCGACUGGCUCGGGAUGGGUCUUUCGUCGCGCCCCAACCCCUCGCUCCUCGCGUCUCCCGGCUCGGCACCCGUCGAGGCCCGCGUCUCCCGCGCCGAACACUUUUUCCUCGCGUCGCUCGAGUCGUGGCGUAUCGCCGCCGGCGUCGAGCGUAUGGUUCUCGUCGGCCACUCGCUCGGUGGAUACCUCGCCUCGGCAUACGCUCUGCGCUACCCGGACCGCGUGAGCAGCCUCAUCCUCGUUUCUCCCGCCGGUAUCCCCCACGGCCCCGACGACCUGCAGGCCGGCGCCAAGCAGAACCCCACGGGCACAAGGGGCCCAACUGGUCCUGGCGGCAAGCCCAUCGGCAGCACGCCCACCCCCACCACCACUGCGUCUGCGGCCGACUCGCGCACCUCGCUCGACGAGGCGACCGACGCGGCCGAGACCGAGCUGCACGCCGGACCAAAGGGCGAGGCCAAGCAGUGGCAGCGUGACCAGUCGGCGAUGCGCCGCGGCAUGGCCAAAAUGUUCGUCUGGGGCUGGGAGAAGGGUCUGUCGCCCUUCUCCAUCCUCCGCGGCAUUGGGCCCUGGGGUCCCAUGCUGGUGGGCAAGUACUCGUCGCGCCGGUUCGCCGCGCAGAGCUCCGACGACGUGCGCGACCUCCACUCGUACAUCUACGGCACGACCGUGCUCAAGGGUUCGGGCGAGUUCUGCAUCUCGCACAUUCUCGCGCCGGGCGCGUACGCGCGCAUGCCCAUCGUCGACCGCAUCGACAAGCUCAAGGUCCCCGUCACGUUCCUGUACGGCGACAACGACUGGAUGGACGUCGAGGGCGGAUACGCAUCGCAAAAGGUCCUGGCCAAGGCCGGAAACCGUAACGUCGGCGUGCACGUCAUCCCCGGCGCCGGACACCACCUCUACCUCGACAACCCCACCGUCACCAACCGUAUCCUCGACGAGGCCAUCUUCGCCGCUCCCAAGCUUGACUAG